UGUUUAUGUUUACAUGCUUGAAUCCCGGCGCGCCAUACUUAAUUUCGUGAGAAAAUUACCAACACAACCAAAACUGUCUUAUCACGCCACCAGUGUAUUUUACGUCGUGGGUUCACUCUGCAUAGAGACGUCAAAUUGCUCAAUAGUUUGUUCCUAUGCCGUUCGUCUGAAUAGUGAUUGUUUGUGUUCUUGUUAUGGAUCUAAAAAAUGAGUUCCACUAUAAAUUACAACAAUCCAUCGAGCUGUUACAGCAUGUUUUUUUGAAUUACGAGGAGGAUGAAAUAUUCCUUUCUUUCAACGGUGGUAAAGACUGCACGGUACUGCUAGAUGUAGUAAAAAGAUUGCUUCCCAGUCACUUAAACUACGAGUUAAGUCUUCGAUGUAUAUAUGUACAACCAGUCGAUCCGUUUGAAGAAAUAGAAGAGUUCGUAGAUCAUUGCAAAAAUCAUUAUAAUAUAAAUAUAGAAACUAUGAGAGGAGGAAUUAAGUCAGUUUUGGAAAGAAUAUGUCAGGAAAAUCCUCGCAUGAAGUCCUGUUUGAUGGGAUCUCGAAGGUCGGAUCCAUAUUGUGAACUUUUGAAGCCGAUACAGGAAACUGAUCCAGAUUGGCCCCUUAUAAUGCGGAUUAAUCCAUUGCUCGAUUGGUCUUGCGCUGAAGUGUGGGAUUACAUUAGAGAAAAUAACGUACCCUAUUGUUGCUUGUACGAUAGAGGAUAUACAUCUAUCGGUGAUAAAUCCAACACUAUCCCGAAUCCGCAUCUGAAAAGAAUUGGUGAAUGUGGAGAAUAUACAUACUUACCAGCGUAUCAAUUACAAGAAGCAGAUAAAUAUGAAAGAGCAGGACGAAUGUAGACUUUUGGGGUUUUUUAAUCGUUUUUAUAAAUAAAUUUUAUUUCUGCUUA